AAUCGUUUCACAUGUAUUACAUACAUACGCAUGUCACAACGGAACAUAUGUUAGCGGGCUGCUUUAUCAACAAAAAGUGGAAAGAGAAUUAUUCGUGUAACCUCGUGUCUAAUACAUAGUACGUAAUGUAGACAUCAUUUGCACUGUGAGCACUGUACUUAUUUAAGUGUCAUUCGAAACAGUACACGUAUGUUGUACGCUGUCAUUUGUUCUACAAAAUAAAUUAUUACGUCGUUGCAACAAUGCAUGUUGCAUUGGAACAAUGAUAAUAAGAAUGGCUGUAGCAACAGUGACAAUAGCCACGCUCGCGAAGGGACCGAUCGUGUGUUGCCUGCAGUAAAUGAUUUAAAUAUGUAACAUGGUCGUGCAGACUCACGUGCAGACGAAUGAAAGUACUCUAAGUUAGUGAAUUAUAAGUGUCAUGGUGCAUGAAUCAACUAAAAUUUAUGAGACAAGAAUUCGCCGAUUAAACGCGAACAAAAAUGGGAAACACCGAGGUUAAAUUCGGAAUCGAGAUGUCAAUUAUAACAAACCUUUUUAAGAGCACGCGGUUUACGGUACGCUGGUUGUAUGUACAAUGUUAAAGUUAUUAUUAUAUCAUAUUAUGUUUACAAUGGUGAAAGUUAUACCAAUGAGCUGGUUGAACCAGAUAUUGAUUUUAAGUGUAUUAAGCGCAACGUUAUCUUUAAUUAUACAAGAAUGGGCUGGUCUCACACCACUACCAAUCUAUGUUUCUAUAUUAUGGGUUAUCUUCGUUACAAUAAUUUCAGUAUGGCUUAGCUGUUUUAUCUUUCAACUUGCGUUAAAAGCGAAGAGCCCGCUUAAUGUGACAUUCCUUAAUGACUGGUUAUAUAAAAAGUUAUUAAUCAGUUUGAAAUUACGUGAUCCUGGGGAUCAGAAAUCAGUAGGAGCAUCUACUGAUAUGACAGAAAAUGUUCAAUCGAAAAGGAAAGUAGAUAGAAAAAUGUCUAAUGAAAAGACCAUUUUGAGGAGAAAAAAGCUGAUCGGUGUAAAUGAUAUGGUGAAAGAAAUAAACUCGAAAUGUAUAGAAGUAUGGUAUAAAUCUAUCAGCAAUGAUAAAUCAUUUCCUAAGGAAGCACAAAUAUUACUUAAAAAAUUAUUGACCAAGCUGUUCCAUCAAAUCAAUUCAAUGGACAAAGUGCAGCUUACUCAUCGGCUAGCUAAUGUGGUCUUAUUACACUUUAAAGAAUACCACAGAGCAUUACGGCGAGUAGAAAAACAGACAUCAAAAACUAUGGAAGAUGCAUUCAAAUAUUUACAUCCUGGUUCUCGUAAUGCAUCAGCUUUGGAGCACAUGCUUCAUCGAAUAAUCACUAUCUUAGCACAAGAAUUUUUACAAUGGGAACUAACAAGUUCAUUGCCAUGUAAACUAUUAUUAUCUAUUUUAGCAAAGAGAUUAUUAUUAUUUAUAGAAACAGUCAGUUCUCCAAGCUGGCUUUUUCAAAGUUUAUUAGAGUUGUUAGAACCUACGUUGAAAGAAGAUGCUAAAAUUCAGAGUAAAAAGAAAAAUGAACAAGAAGAACCAUUACGCACAAAAAAAUUUAUAUCUGAUGCUUUGUGCGAUGGUAUGACAUCUUCAACAGCUGCUAUAAUUCCACGACCACUACCGAAAUCAAAUUCGGAUACCUUGACAAAUACUUCGGUUGAAAACAAAAGUAAAACGACGACUAUAAAUGAAAAAAGGCCUACCUUACGAUUAGAUAAUUUACCUAUAGAACACAGGGGUCUUUGGGGUCAGAGUAUGUCGGAAGUAGAUGCUGAAUUAUUAGAUGAGGAUAAAAUAUCCCCGGUAUAUGAAGAAACUACAGAUUUUGCAUCAACGAUUGCUAGACUUAGAACUGUACUGCAACAAAAAUCAACUGUUACUACUCCUUUACACAUGGAAGAAAAGUCAUAUGCAGUAUACGAAGGUAGUCAGUUUACAAAUUUAAUGAUUCCUUGGACAGAAUUUCGUACAGAACCCGAUGGUUCACAACAGUUACUUUAUUGUAUUCAAUUUGACGAUGUGGAGCAACGCGGAGUUGAUUUGUUUGAAACUACAACAGCAACCGUUCGGAGACAGUACCGUGAUUUCGCUCAGUUACAUGCUAGUUUACAAGAGAUUCCAGAAUUAGCACCCAUUAUGCAAAAUUUGGUAUUACCAGAGGGUGGACGUAUCGAGUUAGAAAAUUAUAUAAUAACUUUAACUACACGGUUAGCUAGCGAAUGUCCACCGCAACUGCGACAUUUUUUGCGUCCAAACAGUAGCGCUGGCAAAAAAGCGGAUGUCGUAGCACCUCGACUCGAUAGAUUUCUGGCCAAAACUGUAAGCGGAGUUUUCAACACUUUAAAAACAGUUGUUCCAGGGUUUGAAGUUGAACAAGAGGAAGAAACUAUUCCAUUACCUACACUAAUGCCUCUAGCUGAUAUACCAUGGAGAUUUGUAGAGGACAUUAAAUCGAAAAGUCUGGGAAAUGAACUUCAAACGUUAGUUGCUGACAGGACUGAUUAUUACUCUGUAGAUACAGCUUACGAAGCCGUAGAUUCUAUGGAGGGUAGCAAUGAUACUGCAUUAAUAAUGCACUGGUUAGAAACAGUAAAAGAUUCUUAUGAAGAAGAAUCAGAUGAAUUGGAUUCUCAUCUACGAUUAACAUGUAUCGCUGUAGAUAUUAUUUGUGAAUUGUUAAGUGGCAUUGGAAGUAAUAACACAUUAUUACAAGAAUCAGUUGUUAGGUGGAUGAAGUUACUUUUCGGGAAUGUCACUGAAUCCGUAUUACAGACUACAGUUCUUCAAAUCUUUGAUUAUUUGAGUAAGAAAACAUUUUGUAAUGUACAAAACAAUAUUUCUGACGAACCAGUAGCACAUUUAAAGGAGAGACUUUUACAAGAAGUACUAACUAAAAUUUCGAAUAAUGUUCGAUUGUUAUUCGGUGAAGAUGACAUCACGAACAUUUUGAAGUAUCUACUUGAUUCUUAUGAAAUAAAAAAGAUCAAUGUUGAUUUAAACCUACAAAUAUUAGACGUUUUAGCAUCGCAACUACUAAUUUCAUGUAGGUCGACUCAUAGUAGUGUAAUUUCUUAAUGAUUUAAUACAUUUUUUAAUUCAUUAAAACAAAAACAAGCAGUUCAAUACAUAAAAAGAUAUACAUCGUUCAAAUGAAUCAGUGGUAUACAAAAUUAUUAAGCAUUGAAGUAUAUUUUAGUGGAUAAGGAAUUGAUGUGCCAUACAUAGUAAAUUUGUUGACAAGUUAGUACUAUCAAGAUUUCAAAAGCAGACUAUGUACCUGAUUAUACAUUUAAAAUAAGGAUGCCAAGUAUUUAUUCCAUUAACAUGACUCUUAAGAGUUCAAUAAUAUGUAAUGUACAUAUUAUGUAUUAUAUGCAUUUAAACUGUACAUUCACAUUUAAUGUUUAAGUUUUGUACAAAUAUUUAUGAAAAAUUACUAUAUUUCACAAUUGAUAAAGGUUAUCAAUAUACAUGAAAUUUAAAUGUACGCAAAACCUUAACAGUCUAAUACACAUUUAUUCUUAUGA